ACCAGCAUCAGUCGACUUGCAACACUGACCGAUGGUGGAACGAGGCGGGACCCGGCCCUCGUCCCGCGAUCAAAAGGUACAGCACUUGUAAUCCAAUUAUUUGAGAGAAGAGAUGCAAACGGAACGGAACUGGAGGACAUCGUGGACUGUUGGCAAUGGGCGUAGUAGUAGUAGAAGAAUAAGAAGAACCCCGUUGUUUUGUUUCCAGCCGCUGCUGUUGUUUUUGCUUCUGCUCGUGGAAAUUACAGCAUCAGCAGUCAACACUAUUAGUCAGCAGGCGGGCCAUCCACUUUUGGGAAACCAACUGAUGCUGCAGAUGCUGGAACAGCCGCCUCUCUGCGUGGGCAAUCUGUUGAAUGGACGGGCCUACGACGGGGUAGGCGAGGGUGACGUCAUCAGUCGCCUCUCGCUGCUCAAGAGUUGUGACGACGGAAUGAUUUGCCGCCUCAUGCGCUACACGGCCCAACCCAUCGCCACCUGUUUGGACGCUCUGUUUCACCAGCAAGUCGCCACCGCCAACAUUAGCAGCAGCAGCCCACUGAUGCCGGACGAAUUGCUUUUCUUCUUUAUGGGCGACUCGAGAAUUCGUCAACAGUUUUUCAACUUUGUCAAGAUUAUUCCAAACUACGACUGGGUGACGGUGCCAAGUCCCAUUCCAGCCCAUUAUCACGGCGACAUUGAAAUGAUCAGUCGCAUACUCAGACUGCGCGUCUCCUUCAAAUGGCGACCGCUCGUCAACGACGAAUUGAUCAAUACCCUGCGCCACAUACGCGAAACGGCACUGUCCGAUCCAAGGAGACGACCCCAAUUCAUCCUGUUGAGUAUGGCGGUGUGGCACAUGCUCAGGGAACACGGGGCCGACAUCGCCCUCUACCAGAGGAGAAUGACCCACCUGGGACCCAUCCUGACCUCCAUGUCAUCUUCAGGCUCUUGCGGCCGCAUCAUUUGGCUUCGCCAGUACACCUCGGUCGACUCUUACGGCGACAACGGCAAUUCCAACACGCUAGUUGUGUCCGACAAGCUCCGCCACUACAACCGAAUCGCCCUCCAGCGUCUCGUCAUCCAGACGAAAUCUGAUUCCAACGCCCGCCGCGGAGUCUACCUGUGGGAUUCCAGCGAUCCAUUGGCCGACGAAUACGUCCGCGCUUGCGCCAUCCAUAAACGCUACGAGCAUUCCCAUUCCAGUGACAACACGAAGGAAUACGCCACGGCCUUCGCCAACUGCAACGACUACGUUCACACGGGCUACUCGGCCCUUUCACAGGCCACUCAGCUCUUGUUCAACGACCUUUGCAAUGCUCACAGCAUCUCGUAAUACACCAAUUCUCUAUUCAUUGAUUAUAUGGAAAUUGACAUCGAAACUGCCCAAUACAGCGGGUUUUACACA